AUGGGGGACGACGGCGGCUGGGAUCUGCAGGCGGUGGUCAAAGGGUGCUGCGGCUUGGCAGCGGCGGCGGCGGCGGCGGAAGAUGGCUCCUCCUCAUUUCCUCCUCCUCUUAUCAUCACAGAGGUGGGGAGGGAGGAGGAAGAAGACUGGUUCUUCUCCUUUCCGGAUCUCUGCGCCGCCCCAGCAGAUCUUCAUGAGCUCGAGGAACUGUGCAAGCCCUUCAUCUCCAAAACUCCUCAGCAGCAGCAGAAACAGAAUCAGAAGCAGUCUCUCUCCUCUCCGAAGGGGAGCUCUUCCUCCAUCGCCGCCGCUCUCCAGUUAUCCGACGGGCGGCGGGCGGCGGCGAAGCGCUCGCCGCCGCCGCGGGCAUUCCUCCGCACUCCGGCUUCAAAGAGAAGGUCCCGCCGCCGUGUUUUUCCGGCACCCAUUUAGGGAAGCUAGGAUGAAGAUCAGUUGACCUGGAUCCCCACGGGGAACCGUUUCUGAUUAUGGAGUUCUUUUUGCAGGAAGAGUCAGCAGAAGAAGGUGGUGUGCCAGGUCCCCGCCGACAGUCUCUCUUCUGACCUGUGGGCUUGGCGGAAGUACGGGCAGAAACCCAUCAAGGGCUCCCCCUUCCCAAGGUCAGCGCCCUUCCCCUUCCUCCCCGUUAGCUCAUACAGAUUAGGGUUUUGACUCUCUUCUUCUUCUUCCUGGAGAAUAGGGGGUAUUACAAGUGCAGCAGCUCCAAGGGAUGCCUGGCCAGAAAGCAGGUGGAGCGCAGCUCGGUGGACCCGGCCAUAUUCAUCAUCACCUACACGGCGGAGCACAACCAUCCGAUUCCCACCCACCGCCAGAAGCCCCCUACUUCCUCCUCCGCCGGCGCCAAUCCAGGGCGAGAAGUCAACACUGCCGCCAACUCCCUCGGCGGCGCCGCCCCACGGCAGUCGGUGAGCAAGGCCUCUUCCUCCGGCUCCCCGCCCAUCCAUAAGGAGGAGGAGAGCGAGGAGGAAGAGGAUCCGCUGCACAUCGGAGACGUGGUGAUGAUGAGCGAGGACGAGAUGAUAUUCUUGGAUACGGAGGACGGCGGCGGCGGCGGCGGCGGCGGCGGCGCCGCCUUCAGCGACGUCUUGUCCGACCACUUCGGCGCGUUCCCCACGCCGUGGUUAACCAACAGCGCCGCCGCCGUUGCCGGCGGCAGUUAA